GUCACACUUACCAGGUGCAUUUUAUCUGGUCUUUGAAUAUAUGGACCAUGAUCUAAUGGGACUGCUGGAAUCAGGCUUGGUUCAUUUUAAUGAAAAUCACAUAAAGUCAUUUAUGAGACAGCUCAUGGAAGGUCUGGAUUAUUGUCAUAAGAAGAACUUUUUGCAUAGAGACAUUAAAUGUUCAAAUAUCCUUCUAAAUAAUAGAGGGCAGAUAAAGCUUGCUGAUUUUGGACUUGCUCGUUUGUAUAGCUCAGAAGAAAGUCGGCCAUAUACCAACAAAGUUAUCACCUUAUGGUACCGUCCACCUGAACUGCUGUUGGGAGAGGAACGAUACACACCAGCUAUUGAUGUAUGGAGCUGCGGAUGUAUCCUUGGUGAACUCUUCACUAAAAAACCUAUAUUUCAAGCAAAUCAGGAACUUGCGCAGCUAGAAUUAAUAAG